GUUUUGUAGAUGUGAACGAACAGGAAAUUAACUUCGAGUACUCUCCAUACCAGUGUGUUCUUUAUUAACGAAUACGUCUAAUUCAGCACACGGAAGGUCGGUUAUGCCAUCUUAAAAAAACAAACACUAAGGCUUUUUGGCUAAACAAUCCAUAGAGUACACGUACCAGUCAGCACCAGGGCCGAACUGUUCACGUGAAUAGUGUAUGUGCUUACACCAGAGGGCGCGUGUCCGGCCAACACUUAUUUUGUGCGUCACAGGGCGUGUCUUCUGACGUAUUUUUUGUGCGCGCACACAGCCGCUACUGUUGAUCUAAAGCGCUUUUGAUUACAACCUGCACAUCCCAAAGUUCGUCUUCCCUUCCUGAUUAUGUCUUCUGUGGAGGAUGAGACGAUUGGGACCGCAUUCCAGGCAGACCGAUCGGGACUUGGUGAGGAUGACGUCGACGAGCAGUUCGGCGAUGAAGUGGGACAGUGCGGUUAUGUGUUUUACAGAGACAGAAAAGAAUGGGCUGACGUGGAACCCGUGCCACAGGAUGACGGUCCAAAUCCAAUCGUGAAAAUUGCUUACUCUGACAAAUUUAUGGAUGUUUAUGAUUACUUCCGUGCCAUGCUACAGCGGGAUGAGAGAAGUGAGAGAGCUUUUUCCUUAACGGCAGAUGCCAUUGAACUCAAUGCUGCAAACUACACUGUAUGGCAUUUUCGUCGGGUUUUGCUGCAAUCAUUACAGAAAGAUCUGCUUGAAGAAAUGAAGUACAUAACGGCAAUUAUCGAGGAUCAGCCAAAGAACUAUCAAGUCUGGCAUCACAGAAGAAUGAUUGUGGAGUGGCUGAAGGACCCGUCACUUGAGCUGGAGUUUAUUGCCAGUAUCCUCAGCCAAGAUGCUAAGAACUAUCAUGCCUGGCAACACAGACAGUGGGUUAUUCAGGAAUACAAGCUGUGGGAUAAUGAAUUGGAAUACGUGAAUCAGUUGUUGGAAGAAGAUGUCCGGAAUAAUUCAGCAUGGAACCAGAGGCAUUUUGUCAUCUCUAACACGACAGGAUACAGUGACCCAGCAGUCCUGGAGCGAGAAGUUCAGUAUAGUCUAAAGUUGGUGAAGAAGGCACCUCACAAUGAAAGUGUUUGGAACUACUUAAAGGGCAUUCUUCAGGAUAAUGGACUUUCUUCGUAUCCAAGUCUUCUAGAACAGAUUCUCGAGUUACAGGAAACUCAUAGCUCACCAUACCUGAUAGCCUUCCUUGUGGACCUCUAUGAAGAUAUGCUGGAGAGCGGAUGUGAUAAUCAGGAGAAGAUCCUAAGCAGAGCACUUGAGCUAUGUGAACUUUUGACAAAAGAAAAGGACACCAUAAGGAAGGAGUACUGGAAGUACAUUGGGACGUCCCUUAAGAACAAGUAUGGCAGCACAGAAGAGUCCACAGUACCAGCCGGGGAGCAGCAAUCAUGAGAGAAAGAAAGAAAGAGAAGUUUUUUCUUUUUUACAGCUAACGAGCAACCCCGUCAUUUCAGUUUAAUGAUGUGUAACUACACUGAAAUGAAGUAUUUAACAAACUGGA